AUGGGUUUCGGCCUGGAGGCGCGCGAUGCAGCGUCCGAUGCAGCGUAUAAAACGAACGUCGAACUAUGGACACUAUACUCGAUUGGCGUCGCUGUGACGAUCCUUAGAACAUAUGCUCGAGUGAAGACUGUAGGCUUGAGGAAUUUGCGGUUGGAUGACUAUCUCAUAUGGGUUGGAAUUAUCUUCUAUACCGCGCAGACAGCGCUCGCAUAUAGUGUUGGCACUUUCGCCGGCGGCCUCGCGAAUAACAGCAUGACGACGGCACAACGAUCUGCACUCUUGGUUACGGAUCCAGAAUACCACUCCAGGGUACUUGGUUCUAAGAUCCAGAUUGCCGGUUGGACGACCUAUGUCGCCUUGAUCAAUUCCCUCAAGCUGUCGAUGUUAGCAUUCUAUCUUCGACUUAUGGAGGGUCUAGGUCGUCGGUAUCAAAUCCCCAUCUAUGUCGGAUUUGGCUUUGUUGCUGCGAGUUUCGUCGCCAGCGUCAUUACGAUAUUUGCAUCGUGCACACCAUUCCACAACAACUGGCAGAUUAGCCCAAACCCAGGCAAUCUCUGCCAACCAGCCAUCGCCAAGCCCGUCAUCGCCGUAACAUUCGCCGCCAACCUCAUCACAGACCCAUACCUGAUCUUCAUCCCGAUCCCCAUGCUCUGGAAAUCCAGUCUGAAAACAAUCAAAAAGAUAGCCACGACCAUCGUCCUCAGCGCCGGUAUCUUCAUUCUCGUCUGCGCCACACUCAAAAGCGUCUUCCUCCUAGUUGAACCCGACGACGGCGCCCAAAUAGCCGACGAAUGGGGCACCCGCGAAACCUUCGUCGCAGUAAUAACCACUAACCUACCCAUGGUCUUCCACAUCCUCCGAAUCUGGCUCACAAAAGCCUUCGGCAGCAAAUUCGGCUCAUCCCACAAAACAAACUACAAAUCUCCAUCAGGCGGAUUUAAAAGCAUCGGCGGCGGGGGAGACUACGCGAGUCGCAAGGGGAGAGGACCCGCGAGCACAGAUCCGAUUACGAUUGGGAUGACGUUCACGGAGAGUGAGGAGCGGAUGAUGGAGGAUGAUAUCAAGAUGAGGAAUAUGAAGACUUAUGCGGCGCCUGUUUCCGAGGGGGAGACACCUUCUACGAGUGCUAUUGUGGUGUCUAAUCAGAUUGAUAUUACACAUGAGACACUUAGUAGUCGGACAAGUGAGCAGGGAGCGACAAAUGCUCGCGAGGUGUGGUGA